AGUUAUGCUGUUAGAAUUGUUAGUAUUUUGUCUAAGAUGCUGUUGGGAAUAUUUCUAUUCAUUGAGAAAAUGUGUUUUUGCGAUUUUGGAUGUUGUUUCUUCAUAUACAAAGUAUGGAUGCAAAUGAAUUUGUAUGAUCCUUUAGGGGCAGAUGUAUGUAGGAGAACUAUGUCUUGUUUUGGAUUCUCAAUCCCAGUAGCUCUUAUGCUUAUGACUAGCUAGAUUGGGAAGAUUGUUCUGAAGGGCUACAUUGAUGAUUAUGGACUCCUGGAGGAUAGUUUAAAAUAUGAGAUUGGCUAUUUUGCAAAGGAUUUUGGUGAUUCAGGUUGUUCUUUUUGGUAAAGAAAAAUAUUUGUUAUACGGUUGCUUGUCUACUUGAUGAUGGCAUGAGAUUAAUGGUGGCAAGGAGUUGUUUAGGGGCAAUUUGGAGUGGGUGUCUCAGCUGGGAGAGGUAUGGGUGCAUGGCAGCAAGAUCUUUAUCUUUCCAUGUCACCGUAUAAUUUGGUGUCCUUUCUUUUCCUCCACUCUUUGUCAUAAGCAGAAAUGGACUCCUUGUAUGCUACUGCUCCACUGUGGUCUUUCUACCUCUGCUCAAUUUGGUUUUUUCCUCUGUUUCACUAGGAUGAGGUCUCUCCUCAGAGGUGCUGUGUUGCUUUGCACAACUAGCUAGUCUCAACUCCUUAGUUCCUCUCUAUGGUGCUGUAUUUUAGAUGACUAAAGGUGAAGUAGAUGAUAUGUUUUUCAAACAAAGCCUAUUAUUAAGAGGAUGUACAGCUUCUGGCAGGAGCUCCUCCAUCCUCUUCCCUCCUUUUUGCAGGAUUUCAUCAGGGUGUCUUGGUCUUUUGCUUUUAUUCCUGCUUUGUUCAAGUGCUAUUUCCCCCCUUCUGGUUCGUGUCCUUUGUCCAAGACUUUUGUAUGGAUCUUUUAUUUUGGCUAUGUACAAGUAUGUUUGUUGGCCGAAAAAAGGUCUGUAAGUUCAUACGAAGAGUAGUCGUAUUUGGUUUGUGGCAGUAACUAUUUUCAUUUGUUUCUCUUAAGAUAUCUGAAGUUUGUAAAACAUCUUCCAGGGUUUUGAGCAAUUGAUAAGCGCUUGUGUGAAAUUCUG